GGUCUACCACCUCAUCAAAUUCAAUUUUAAUCCCAUUUCUCUUCAUAACCGGAAUCUUUAUAAUAAAACCACACAAAUGAAUCUCAAAAACUAGUACAUCACGCUUCACCACUUGUACCUUCCCUCCAUGGCAACCACCACCACCACCACUACCCUGUAUCUAUUCAUCACCAUUUUUCUAACUUUAACAUUCUCCUCAGCUCAAAACGACACCGUUUCAUGUCCUCUAAACUUCAACUUAAUCCGUAACCUUGUUGGUACUAACCGCCCUUCCUCACUCAACAUCCUGGAUGCGUGUCGGUACACGCGCUUAGGCCUUCAGUUAGUCGAGUCCGAAUAUCUCAGCCGCACCAACUCCUUUACUCCGCCGCCGGCCGCUGCGGAAUCCUGCUGGUCCGCUUACCAAACCCUAGCCGACGACUUUUUUCCCAACUUUGACCUCCGAAAAAACUGCGGUUUUCAAACUAAUUGGAUUAGUACUUCAGGUUGUAUGAAUAUAAAUAACAAGACAGAUUUUGAACGUAGAAUUUCGCAAUCUGCGCGAAACGGCGUCGUUUCAGCUUGUAAUCAGUCGUUAUCCGGUUCGGCUUGUUCAGCGUGUACUGUUGCGCUUUCGAAUUUGCAAGCGGUUUAUUUAAACGGCGAAAGUAACGGAAAUUUAACGGAUUGUAAGACUUUUCCAUUUAUUUACACGGCGGCGUUUGUUAAUCGGUUCGGUCCGACCGAUAGAGGUACCGCAUUUUGUUUAUUUUCGCUUGAUUUUGUUUCGAAGAAAUCGAAUAAUAAACAUAAAGUUAUUGUGAUUGUGAUUGUUGUAAUUUUAGUAUCAUUUUUCGCCUUAGUUUUAUCGAUAGGAUUGUGGUAUUAUAGGAAGAAAAAAAUAAAGGAAAUGAGACGUAGGAGGAGGAUAAAUGGAAAUGGAAAUGAAAUGACUUCUGGAUCCGCGUUGGACGCGAUAUCCGGAAGUACUAGUUUAGUUAAGUAUACAAUUGAUGAAAUCAAAGAAGCUACUAGGAAUUUUUCGAGAGAGAAUAUAAUAGGGAGAGGAGGUUAUGGUAAUGUCUAUAAAGGUGUGUUGCCGGAUAAUACUGAAGUUGCGUUAAAACGGUUUAAGAAUUGUUCGGCGGCAGGUGAUGCUAGUUUUACACACGAGGUUGAAGUGAUUGCGAGUGUUCGUCAUGUGAAUUUGGUUGCGUUGAGAGGGUAUUGUAUUGCGACGACACAAUACGAGGGUUAUCAACGGAUUAUUGUUUGUGAUUUGGUUAGUAAUGGUAGUUUACAUGAUCAUCUUUUUGGGAUAGGGGUGAGGGGGAGGGUGAAUCUUACUUGGCCUAUACGCAGGAAGAUUGCGUUAGGUACGGCUAGAGGGUUGGCUUAUUUGCAUUAUGGGGCGCAGCCUGCGAUUAUUCAUAGGGAUAUUAAAGCGAGUAAUAUACUUUUGGAUGAGAACUUUGAAGCUAAAGUGGCGGAUUUUGGGUUGGCUAAGUUUGCACCUGAAGGUGCAACUCAUUUGAGUACUAGGGUGGCUGGAACUAUGGGUUAUGUUGCUCCAGAGUAUGCGUUGUAUGGCCAGUUGACGGAGAGAAGUGAUGUUUAUAGCUUUGGGGUUGUUUUGUUAGAGCUUUUAAGUGGUAAAAAGGCUUUAUUAGAGGUUGGGGAUGGUCAACCAGUGCUUUUAGCUGAUUGGGCUUGGUCAAUGGUGCGAAAAGGUACACCAUUAGAAGUUAUUGAUAGUGAAAUGACCGAAUGUGGUUCGCCAGAGAUCAUGGAGAAGUAUGUUUUGGCUGCGGUUCUUUCGUCUCAUCCACAGUUAUAUGCUAGACCCACGAUGGAUCAAGUGUUGAAGAUGUUAGAUACGGAUUUACCCGUUCCUUCGAUACCCGAAAGGCCGAUACCACUUAUAGCUGGACUUGAGGAUAUUGAGAGAUCUAUUAGUAGUAGUGGAUCAGGUCAGUUAUCAACUCCUAGAGGGUAUCAAGCAUAUACACAUGAGAUGGAUGGGAGAUCGGCCGCAAUGGUAGAUAUGGACGGACUAUCUGCCACUGUAAAGGAGGAGGAGGAGGAGGAUGACAACGAUGAAGACGAGAAAGCCCGUCUUUCAAGUGACAGAUAGCAUCCACCAGAGGUGCAAUUUCAUGACUCAUGACUGUGCUACUUUGGUCAUUUUUUGCCCGGCCUGCGUUUGUUAUUGUAAAAAAAAUUGAGUUCCAGUCUUAUAAUUGUAUAUAAUCUUUUACAGUUCACAAUAAUUUUUCUUCCAUUAUUAUUAAUCACUCGAUUGUAAAAGUAAGAAAAUGAAGGAAAUUUUUUAUUCA